ACGGGAACAUCUCCCGUAAAAAAUAACUUACAAAUACGGGAGAUGCUCCCAAUGCAUGCAUGAUAUAAUUGUGAGGCGCAGAUCCGGUCUCGAAUAUACGAGGUUUGCCUGGCAACAUUCAUACGCGCACACCUCCCGCCUGCAUGUAGGGCGAGGGCCUUGUCCUUGAACUCAACACGUCUCACUGCAGAAUUAAAUGCACCAGACAUUCGUCGACAGCCACCUCUGCACCUUAUCUUCACCUCCCCUUUCGAAGCGAUAAAACCCAGAUGGCAAAUCCACCCACAAAGGAUCAGACGCUGUUCGGUUCGCCGUUCAUCACUCAUCUUUUCCUCUAAGAGAUGGAUGUAGUCAAGGGCUUGGAUUUGCAGAGGUACAUGGGUCGGUGGUACGAGAUUGCUUCAUUGCCUUCAAGGUUUCAACCCAAAGAGGGAAUCAACACGAGAGCUACUUAUACUCUGAACAGUGAUGGAACUAUUCAUGUCCUCAAUGAGAGCUGGAGCAGUGGAAAGAGAGCAUCCAUAGAGGGGACGGCUUAUAAGGUAGAUCCUGCGAGUGACGAAGCCAAGCUCAAAGUCAAAUUCUAUGUUCCCCCCUUCUUGCCUAUAAUUCCUUCUGUUGGGGAUUACUGGGUUCUCUGCAUUGACGACGAUUAUCAGUAUGCGUUGAUCGGACAGCCCAGCAGGAAGUGUCUUUGGAUCUUGUGCAGGCAAAACUAUCUUGAUGAGGACACCUACAAUCAGCUCCUUCAGAGAGCCACCGAUGAAGGUUACGAUGUGAAGCAUAUCCACAAAACAGUCCACACCGACCCACCGCCGGAAGGAGGAGGUCCCGAGGACGAAGGCUUUUGGUGGUUCAAAUCCAUCUUUGGGAAAUAAGAAAAAGUUUAGCAAAAUAAUUGAAUAAAUAAAUAAAAUAUGAGAAAACCCAUAAUAUCUUAAUUACCUCUGUGAGGUAUUCUGCUCUACUUUUAUAUUUUCUUUUACUGUAAAAAUGUUUACUUGGUUGUAAUUUGUGAAGUUAUGGAGCAUCUCCAUCUUCUGGACAAAUGUUUCCUUGGCUUUUGUAGGUCUGUUUAGGUGUGAAAUUUUGUGGGAUUCUUGUUUGGAACUAA